CCAAUAUCGGCGCUCUGCUCGACAUUCCAGUCGACAACCAAGCCGUGCCGGUGCGGACCUUCUCAGACCAGCUCGAGACGAAGCUCACUGUGCUCCAAGGGUUCCUCGUAUCACACAACGACCGAUAACGGUCUGUUCGACGAGAUUGCCUCGCGAGUUCAGCCUGGAGAUUUCGUCAGCCUCGAGUUUGGUCGCAACGACUUUAGCAACACGACAGAGCACCAUGGCGAUUGUGAUGCCGCGGGCACAUGCGGUCAGGUUGAGACUUAUCACGAAUACGCUAUCAAGACGAUCAAGCUCUUUCAGCAGGCAAAGGCCCAGGUGAUCAUUUCGGGACCUUUGCCCAUGAACCUCUGGAACAAUCCGGCCGGCGUCUUUGACUUUCAACACAGUCUCUUUACUGCACGUGCAAAGGCAGCGGCUUACGAGACUGGCGCAUACUUUGUCGACCACGAAGCAGCCGCCGCGGCUCUGCAGAAGGUGCUCGGAGAGGCUGGCACAAGGCUCAACUGGAUUGGCGAUAAUAUCCACCUGACAGAUAGAGGCAGUAUCAACGUUGCGGGAGCAUACGCAAGAGCCGUCAUCUGUGCCGACGCGCCCCUCAUGCUUCACAUCAAGACGGACCGAUCGAAGCUUCCGAGAUACUGCAGCCCAGACCAAGUGCCUGCUCAGACCAGUCGGGCGGGCAAACGAGCCAGAUUCUACUAGAGUUGCGAGAUGCAUGUUGCGAGAUUACGAUGCUGGG